AUGAGCGCUCAUCCCAAGCCCGAGGACAAGACGGCGGCCACCGAGCACGUCGCCGAGCACGCCGUCGACGAGCAUGGCGGCUCCGACAACACCACCGAUGCCAAGGCCAUCGACCAGGCGCUCGCCGCCGGCCAGGUCGUCCAGAUGCGUUCCGAGCUCGAUGACCUGCCCAUCACCAAGGCGUUCCGCAUCUUCUGGCGCGUUACUUCGCUGUGCAUGCUUGCCGCGUUCGCGUCCGCGCUCGAGGGUUACCAGUACACUCUGACGGCGUCUAUCGUCGCGAACAAAGGGUUUAUCCGGCAGAUGGCCAACGGUGGCACCAAACUCGCCCCUGAACAUGUGUCCCUCUGGGGUGGAAGUCUGAGUCUAGGACAGUUCGUGGGAGUCUUGGGUUUGCAGGCGUGCAUCGACAAACUGGGCCGAAAAUGGGCCAUGCAUAUCACAUGGUUCGCCCUGGUCAUCUCCGUCCUCGUCGAGUCCGUCUCGAGCAACUGGAUUCACUGGUUUGUCGCCAAGUUGAUCGCGGGUGUCGGACUGGGCAUGAUGCAGGCUACAUACCCCGUUUACAUCUCGGAGUUGUCGCCUACCCAGAUUCGUGCCGGUCUUACAACCGCCUAUCAAUUCUGGAACGUCCUGUCCCAUAUCUUUUCCCCCUUGGCUCUCCGACAGCUGAGCUACACCGACCCGUACAACUGGAAGACCCCAAUCUACACCCAGUGGGGUAUGCUGGUUGUCAUGCUUGGCAUCAAUUUGUUUGUUCCAGAAAGUCCUUGGUGGCUCGUCCAAAAGGACAGGAUCCCACAAGCUGAGAAGGUCUUGACAUUCGCGUAUAAGAACGUCCAGAGCUAUAAUGUAAAGGAACAGCUGUCUAUCAUCGUCGCCACCAUCGAGCGCCACCGCCUCGUCAGCGUCGAGCAAAAGUCCCAGCUCAAGGAGAUAUUUUCUGGUAUCAACCGUUGGCGUCUCCUGAUCGCCUUCUGGCCCAAGGCCAUGCAGCAGCUCGUCGGACAGAGCUUGACCAACAACUACAGCACCUACUUCUUCCAAUUGGCCGGAAACUCGGACGCGUUCACCGUCACGAUGAUCCUGGCCCUCUGUCAGCUAGUGGGUGUCAUGGCCUGCGCAUUAUUCGCCGACAAGUUUGGUAAGCGGUGGUUCACGAUCGGCAUGUUCGGUUCUGCUGCCGUGGCUGUCCUCUGCAUCGGUAUUGUCGGCUGCUUCGACUAUACCAGUAAAGACCUGGGUAGCCUGCUGGUCUUCUUUGGCUGCGUGUCCAACUUCGGUUGCAUUGGCGGCGCCGGCAUCGCAUACACCUACGUCGCUGAGAUUCCCACCCAGCGUCUCCGUGCUAGAACCGGCUCCGUGGCCCUGAUGGGUUCAUUCCUGCUCGGAAUCUUGUUCAACUACACUGUCCCCUUUAUGCUCCAGGUUUGGGCCGUCAAGUCUGGAUUUUUCUUUGGCAUCGCCGGUAUCCUGUCGUGCGCUAUUGGGUGGUACAUCCUGCCUGAGAUGGCUCGCCGAACCCCGGCCGAGAUUGACGAGAUGUUCCAGGACAAGAUCAAGCCACGGGCUUUCAGGAAGCAUGUCACUCAGGUCCAGAUCUACCUCCAGGAGAAGGAGGAAAGGGAGAGGGAUGUCCAAGAAGUCAAGGAAGUGCAGGAAAAGCUGGGAUAA